CCUGAUUCAUGGUGGAAAAUGGGCAGAGAAACACCUGUAAUUGGCAGGGAUCACCGUGUAAAAUCUAACGCCGGUCAACUCAUCAAAGAGAAGUCCUAAUAGGCUAAUACUGUGACCGCUGACCCAGAAGAAACGGAGAUGUCUAUUUUUCACAAUUAAUUACUAAUACAAUUUUUUUUUCUUUUGGGUACAUAACUAAUACAAAAUUAUGAAAUAGACACCAAAACAUUUUCUCCACCUAAUUUCACCCUCAUUUUUUCUUUCCAAACGGAACUGGGUUUAGAACAGAAGUCCCUAGCAGGCUAGCACUCAACUUGAACUCCAGCGGCCUGCGAUCCGUUUGAUCUCUCUCACUCUGCGUUUUACUUCGUCCGCUCCGCCGCUGCCGCUUCCGCCUCCGCUUCCGCCUCCGCUUCCGCUUCUGGUAAGCGGCUGAACGUUGCCCAUCUGUUUUUGAGAUGUUAAUUUUGACUGAUAAUUUUAUAAAAUAGGGUUUUCACUCUACUCACUUCAUGAGUUUUCUCGCCUUCAAUUGCUUUUUGUCCAUUCUUGAGUCAGUUUCUGGAAGCGUUUUUAAAAUUUUCUUUGUGGCUUACUGUUUAUGCUACUUCAGUAAUUCGUUUGUUUAUCUUCUAUGCUGCGUGUGUGUUUGGCUAAUGGAUUUUAGAGUUAAUAUUCUUCAAAUUUUAGCUCAUGGGGUUCUUUCUCUGUUACUUCAUUUUUACUCGCCUCAAAAUUAUCAUUUUUUUUAAUCCGUUUGAUUCUAUAUCGUCUCGCUGUAUAUGAUGGAAACUACGUGUUUCUAACCACAGUUAAUCGUUUGUUUCAAUUAUCAUUGUUACGUUUUCUUAUUUAUGUCGAUGUUAGGGAACAAUGUUUUGAGUUCUGUUAGUUUUCCUGGAUUAUCCUAGGGCUUCACUUCGAAUUUUUUUCUUUUUGUUCCGCUGUUUUGAAAUUCGUUUGUUUCUUGUUUGGUUUUCAAAUUUAUGCUGUGUUCAGAGGAAAAGAAAUGGAUGCAGCAGCAGCAACUGAAGAUUCUCUGAAUGCAACUGUAAGUUCCACAGUUGUAGAUGACCAGAACCAUGGGAAUCCUGUCUCCGAAAUGUCAAAUCACGGAUCUAAUUGCAUCGAGGGGCAGCAUGAGAUAUCAGAAGAAGAAAUAAGACGCAUACUGGAAAUGAUUGCAGCAACUGGGAAGUUUUGGCAUGAGUGGGCCAAAUUGAAGGGAAUGCUGUCCUUCUACCUAAACAAGAUCCUUUCCCAGUACCCAGAGGCAAAAUUGACAAGUGAACAGCAAAUCUCUUCGCUGGGAGAAACUUUCCUUGAGUUGGUGAAAAGGUUGGAUGAUGCUCUUUGCAGCUUUAUUGAAGGCCCUCCGUUUACUUUGCAGAGGCUCUGUGAGAUUUUGUUGGCUGCUACUAGUAUUUAUCCAAAGCUUUCAAAGCUUGCAUUGGCUUUGGAAAAGAAUUUGUCAGUGACAUCUAUGUUGACCAUUACAAAGGAUCCAUCUCCAUCAGCUUUUGAGCCUCAUAGAUUGGCGACAGUGGAAGCGGAGGUAGAGAAUUCCAGCACAAAACCUGAUAUGUUACAGAAUGGCAAUGGACAACCUUUGGCUGGGGACUCGGAUGAAGUAAUGACUGAAGUAGAGGAGACCAGAGUUGAUGAAGCUAUGACAAUGGACAUGGAAUCCAUUGAAGAAACGGUUGAGCCAUCAGAUUCAAACACAAUGGACAAUAACGGUGAUUCUUCCAAGUCCAAUAGCAUCUAG